AUGGAACGAAGAUCCACAUUCCGCUUCCGUCUUCCUUGGUCACAACCUGCACCUGCACCUGCUCCAUCUCCAGCUCCAAUACCUGCAAGCAAACCAUCCACUCAGCCAACUACCAAAACAAGUCGCGCUCCCACAACUCAUACUGGUUCACGAGCUGCUUCACAGCCCUCCAGCAGCAGUACACCCACAGCUACGCCGUCCUCCAGUCCUACAACUGAAACCUCAACUCCCAACCAACCACCAAGCGCCACCUCAACUGCGACAUCUGGAAAGCCUUCUUCACCAGCUCAACCUUCAGCUGGCACUCAAGGCCGUAACGAGGUCCCCACCAGUACAACCGCCCCGAAACCAAUAUCUCCUACGCCUUUUCCUCAGCCCUCAGCUGAAAUGAACGCACCUAGCCAGCCCUCCACAAGUACAAGCACUUUAACUGAAACUACCCCUAUUCCUCCUCAACCUUCAGCUGAAAGCAAAGCCCCCAUCCAGCCCACUACCACAAACACAAGCCCUUUACCUGAAAGCACCACAGUUCCUCCUCAACCUUCAGCUGAAAGGAAAGCCCCAGUCCAGUCAUCAACCACAAACUCUACACCUGCAAAUGCUCCAGCUAGUCCGAAAUCUGAAACUCAAACCCCUACCACUGCCAUAACCACCACGCCUACAUCCACAAUAGCUCAGAGCGGACUAUCUAGUCCUCCAGGAGUUUCUCCCUCACUCUCUUCUCAAACUCGGGCAUCAAGAAUUGAGUCUCAGCCCUUGAUACCAUCUCUAGAACAGCAAGGGAUCAGUUCUCAACCAGCCUCACCAUCUGAUGGGCCAACUAAGUCUCGGGUGUCCCCGCCUCCAUCUCCAUCCCCAUCUCGUUCAGCUCCUCAAUCACGAGAAAUGAACCCGAUAUCCUCCCCAACACGCAAGGAUCCCCAAGUCCUCUCAACAGACCACUUAACCUCAAAGGUACCUCCUCCUGCAAGCCAGAGUACUUCUUCAGAUCUUCCAUCUGGUAUGACAUCUCAAAUGCAAGAAAAAGAUAAGACAAUUGCUCUGCCAACAUUUCCGCUGAAACAAUUAGACAGUUCAGAACCUUCUUCCAAAUCCACUGAAGCACUUGCAUCAAUUUCUGGAAAAGAACCAAAGUUCACAGCAAUUCGUCCACAGUCGGAACAAAUGGAGCUUCUCAAGAAAGAGACCAUAUCUGACACAGUCGCUGAAGCAAAAGUUAAGUCACCUGAAAAGGUAAUGAAACCUUCAGAAAUAUCAGAGGUGAAAUCCACUAAAGGCAUUACACAAGAACCAUCCCAGAUAUCAGACUCUUCAGGAAUCAUUGAUGAACCUAAGAUGGUGAGACAGUCAGAGACAAACAUCCAGGAAACUAGAGAAGUGAACGAAGUUGUGCAAGAGAUGAGGAAUAAAAACUAUGGUACAGGAGAAAAAAUUGGUGGUUUACUGACAUCCACAAAGCAGCCAGGCACUGCGUUUCAAUCAAAGAAAGCAUAUACAGAGAAGCAAUCCACUUCUGAUAACGACCAAAUUCGGGUGAACCUGGUUUCUAAUGGAAACCAUACAAAAACAGUUUCGUCUCAGCCAAAAAACAAAACAAUUGUCAAUAGUUCUAGUAAGGAAACUGCCGGUUUCGCUGAACAAGAUAUACCCCUUAAUAAAGAGGUAAAAGAUAACAUCUCGAAGUUUAUUCAUAGGAUGGCAGUUGGAGAUGGGAAGCAAAAUUUGGAAGAGGGACCGGUUAGCGUGAUCACCCUUGCAGGUGAUAAUAGAGGAGCAUCUAUGCAACUUGGUUCUGACUCAUCCAGUAAAGAAGGGGCAAUUCAUAUUCACAGAGGCUACAAACUGAAUCCAGAUGAAAGUGCCGAUGCAACCACAGAUGCAGAGGGAUAUUCAGAGGGAAGACGACCAAAAGAUGCAAGGACCAUGGAAGAUCAAGAAAUAGAGGCAUAUCUAAACUGCAACGUGCAGGGCCUGAACAACUCAAUUACAUUUGACAGUGCCAUUGCGGCAAACAAUCCAGGUAUACAUAUGUUGUUCCCUCAUAUGCCUUCAGAACCUAUACGAUCAAGUGAGAGAACAGGCCCCUUUGAGGCACACAAGGCUGAAUUUAAUGUAACCCCAGCCCAGAAACUUACAUACGAGCCAAAGAUCAGAAGAAGAUGCCUCACAGGCCUUUUCCUUGAACCAAGUGAUUCUGAUCCAGAUAACCCUGAAAAAUCUCCGCGACAUGGUUGCCAUGUUGGCUGCAUGGAGAAGAGUAAUGAUAACGAGAUAGAUAUUCUUUGA